AAGGAAGGAACCUUCCUUUCAUCCAACUGUAAGGAAGUCGUCGUCAUAGCAGCUAACUCACAAAAGGAAGACAUUGUGUGCCCUUCUACUCGUCUCAAAACCAAAUAGCCUGAAAUCAAUUUCCCCAUAACUUAGCAUGGCUGAAUCACUCCUUUUCAGCAUCGCACAGGGUGUGCUAGGGAAGAUAGCAUCGCCGGUGUUCCAAGAAGCUGUCGCAAUUUACAGCGUCGAAGAUCAGAUCCGUGAGCUUAAAAAUACGGUGGCUGCUAUUACAGCCGUGCUGUUAGAUGCCGAGGAGCAACAGGCGAAGAACAACGGCCUGCAACAAUGGCUUGGUCGACUUCGAGAUGUGUUGUACGAUGCGGAGGAUGUGCUCGAUGAACUCGAGUGCGAAGCCUUACGAAAGCGGGUAAUUAGUCGGUACGGGGGCGUCUUAGAGAAGUUUUGAGGAGCUGCCGAGUUCCAUAUGCAACUUGAAGCACUUGAGGACGUUAUUACUCCAUGACAACAAGCGAUUGAAGAAGCUUCCAGAUACCAUUUGUGAGCUGCAGAGUUUACAACACUUGUCCCUCAAUGGUUGCUCAGAGCUUGGCGAUCUACCCAAAAAUAUGAAGAGGCUCGUCAACCUUACAUUUCUAUCCAUAACAACAAAGCAGAA